UUUUGUUGAAUUGAAGUUGUUCAUCUGAUCUGCUCCGUUGACUUUCGUCCUUUCCUCUGUUGGUGUAAACAAGUUUGUUCGAUCUGCCUGAAAAUUCAUAGACUUCUUCGCCUAAGGUGGUUUGGCUUCAAUUCACACAAUCGCUCACGCUGCACCAUUCUGGUAUCACAGAUCAGAUCAGAUCAGAUGAGAGGCAAGGAGAUUGGCACACAAGCAACUACUACUGCCAGUUACGAAAAAAAUGAUGAGAGAAUCCUUGAUGGGGUUGACAAGUACGGGGCUAGAUCACAAUCAGAAACUUGUAUGUGUAGAGUUCAUGAACAAUUACGUAAAGUAAACAAGAAAGCCUAUUUACCAGAGGUUGCGGCAAUCGGUCCUUAUCAUUCUCGUAAUAAGGGUAGCUUGAAAUGGAUGGAGAAACAAAAGUUUCGCUACCUGUAUUUGCUUCUUCAAAGCUCUCCAAUUACAUUAAAUGAAUAUGUAGCAGCCAUAUCCGAUCGAAUUCCAAUGCUGUUUGAAUCCUAUGAUGACCCAGCAAUGGACAAAGGACGCCUUGUGGAGAUGGUUGUUCUAGACGGGUGCUUUAUAGUACAACUAGUCCGCAAAUUCAGUAUGCCUGAAUUGAGAGAGGAGAAUGAUCCCAUCUUCAAGAUGUACUGGGUAUUGAGUAGUUUGCAGCGUGAUCUGAUGUUGUUUGAGAAUCAAAUCCCAUUCCAAGUUCUGUGCGAGCUGUUUGACUUGAUCGAGAUCCCAAACCAGUAUGACAUGCUUAUCUAUCUGGUGUUCAAAUUUUUCAGUAAUUUAUUCCCGGGGCAAGUGUACGGACAGAGGAUUAACGAAAUCUCAUCAUCAGCUCCAAGGAUAAAUCAUCUCCUGGAAUUGGUACACCAGAUGUGGUUGACACCCGUAGGAACGUUACCAUCACAAUCACCAUCACCACCUCCACCUCCACGCCCUAUUCGGCGGCGCAGAUUAUUUUAUUCUGCCACAGAUCUCCAGGAGAACGGAGUAAGGUUCAGAAGAAUGGAGAAAGCCGGCAGUCAACUCAACAUAAAAUUCAAAAACGGAGUGCUGUGGAUCCCGCCGCUAACCGUGGAGGAGCGAACGGAGUCGUUCCUGAGGAACCUGAUGGCGUUCGAGCAAUACUACCCUACAAACCACAACUUAGUUACGGCCUACGUUAAGUUCCUAGAUUUCCUCAUCGACUCUCCCGGAGACGUGGAAGUGCUUACCAAGUACGGGGUUAUCGAUAACUGGUUGGGCGACAGCCGACAGGUGCACCGCAUGUUUAAGAAGAUCAACAGUUUCAUUACCAUCCACAGCACGGCUUACCACCCCUUUGCCCACCUCUACGACCAACUCAAUGACCACUGUAGCAGAAGUGUGGGCGGCAAGAUCGCCAGAAUGAGACGAAGCCUUUUCCGCGGUUCGCUAGCGCUCGUCUGCCUCACCGCACUGUUAACGUUACUUCUCUCUGUCCUUGUUGUUACCACCACGCAAACUGUAUACACUGCCCGCAAAUGAGAACACCAGGCUUGCUGGCGGGUGAGAUUGUCUUUUCUCAUAAAUUUCAUGAUGCACUGCUAAAAUAAGAACACCAAGAACACCAACAGGCAGGCCUAGUGAGACAAGCUUUGGUCUUUUGUCACAAAUUUCAUUUCUCUCACCACUUCAUCCAACUACUCAUGCUCACAGGAUAAUUAAGUCUUCCUGCCUACUAACCCUUUGAGUCACAGUGAUUUAUAUCCUCCCACAUGCUCUGUCAGGUCGGAAUGUGGGAGGCCCUUAGAGUUGGGGAUUCAGCCUUUUGGGUAAGGGUAAUUAAGUCUUUACGUUCAUCUCAUCCACUAAAUUAGCAUCUGUAUGAUAUGUAAUAAAGUCUAGUUUCUAUGUUAUUUUGUUUUUUAUUACACAAUGUAAUAUAAUCACAAUGAAUAUAAUUAAUGUGUAUCAA